AAUUAUGAUUUCUCGAAUAUUGUGCACAGCUUUUGUGUUAUGCGCAUGCAUAUCUACAACAAUUUUAUGUAUAAAUUUUAAAGAGCAACAAUGGUAUUAUGUUAUUAGUACAGUUUUCUCAAACGUUUCAAAUAAUGAUUAUAUUGAUAUUGAUCUGAAAACUGCACACAUAUCUCGCAACGUAUAUGGAAUAUCAGGAUUUAUUGAUGUGAAACGAGAUAUUCCCGAUGAUGCUAUUACUAUCGAAAUUCAGAUGUCCCGGAGUGUGAGUGGUAGUAAUAAUUAUGUAGUUCUGCCAUUUAAAUAUAAAGAGAACAUAUUGUACUGUUGGCUUAACAAUAUGUAUCGAGAUAUUUUAAUGCCUUCAUUUGGAAAUUGUUCUAAUGCCCUCCAGUUAGGAAAUCGCGAAUUCAAAGGACCUCUAGUGAAAAAAAAGUUUGAGUUUAAUAAAUGUCUCGUAAAUGUGGACACUUUGCCGAAAUAUCUUAUACCUGCUAUUUACAAGAUCGAAUUUAAAUCAAACGGUCUGGCUAAAAUUUAUGUACAGCUCAUUGUACGAGUAUAUAAUAAAGUCUUUUAAAAGGA